AUGCCACCCCGUAAAUCCAACGCCUCCGUCUCCGGCGCCGCAAAUGCAGGCCCAGCAUCCGCAGCACCCUCCCCACCCGUCACUUCCACCUCGGCGGCCGCCAACGCCGACGUCUCGAUGCUCUCGACCGCCACCACAACAGAGCCCAAAUCGCCGACAACAAAGAAGUCGUCGUCCAAAAACCAAGAUGACCCUGCAGGCAUCGACGACCUCCUGCUGCCUCGCUCCCUGACGAGCCGCAUUGCGCGGGGCAUGCUGCCACCCAACACGUCGCUGCAAAAGGACGCGGUGCUCGCGCUCACAAAGUCGGCCACGGUCUUCAUCUCGUACCUGGCAUCCACAGCCAACGAGCAGCGGCCGUCCGCCAAGACGGUCACACCACAAGACGUCCUGAAGGCGCUGCAGGAGAUGGAGUUGGAGCGGGUGAUGGGCCUCGGAGAGCGGAAUGAGGAAGGCGUCGUCGUGGGAGGCAGACUGGAGAAAGAGCUGGCGGUGUUUGAGGAGGUGGUCAAGGGGAAGAGGAAGGGGUAUCGGGAUAAAGUGAAGGCUAGGGAGAGUGGGGUUGGGGAUGAGACGAUGGAGGGCGGGGACGGGGAGCCGCAGGCGAAGCGGGCCAGAAGGGGAAGUGAGGAGGGCCAGGAUGGCGGAGAUGAUGAACAGGAUGAAGAGGAUGCGUUGUUGGAUGCGCAGCUGAAUGGGCCAAAUGGAGGUGUGGACCAGGAGGAGGAGGAUGAGCAUGGCGACGAGGGCGACGAGGAUGAAGAGGACGAGGCAGAGGAUGAGCAGCAAGAGGAGGCCGAGCUUGAAGACUCGAUUGAUGUUGAGGACGAGUCGGCUGGAAGGACACGGAGGAAAUCAGGAUCUAAAGGGAGGAGCUCAAUCCUAGCACCCAAUGGUCGCACGGAGGUGGGAAGUGAGGAUGACAGCGACUAG